AUGGGUUCCAACGCUGGCUUGACAGCGGAUCAAAUCAAUCUGAUCAAGGCCACUGUGCCCACUCUUGCCGAGCACGGCAACUCCAUCACAUCCGUGUUCUAUAAAAACCUUCUCGAUGAAAAUCCAUCCUUGAACAGCAUCUUUAACAUCCCAAAUCAAGUCAACGGCCAUCAACCGCGAGCCUUGGCCGAUGCACUAUACGCAUACGCCGCGCACAUCGACGACCUGACAGCAUUGAGCUCCGCUGUGGAGCUGAUCUGCAACAAACAUGCAUCCCUCUACGUCCAACCCGAGCAUUACUCGGUCGUCGCCAAAUAUCUCCUCGAAGCAAUGGGCCAAGUACUCGGCGACGCACUGACCCCGGAAAUCAAGGACGCCUGGGCGACCGCCUACUGGCAACUCGCAGAUCUGAUGAUCGCGCGCGAGAAGCAGAUGUACCGGCAGGGUGAAGGCUGGUCCGACUGGCGCGAGUUCAAAAUCGCAGAUAAAGUGAAAGAGUCCGAUGAGAUUACUUCCUUUUACCUCGCGCCAGUCGAUGGCAAACCGUUGCCUGCCUUCCGUCCCGGCCAAUAUAUCUCGGUCCAGGUAUAUGUCCCCGAACUCAAGUACAUCCAGCCGCGGCAGUACUCCCUCAGCGAUAAACCAUCGCCAGAUUACUACCGCAUCAGCGUGAAGAAAGAGACGGGAAUCGACACUACAGACCCGGGUGCAGCCGCUUACCCAGGCUAUGUAUCGAACUUGUUACACGACACAUUCAGGAAGGGUGACACGAUCAAAGUGUCCCACCCACGCGGCGACUUCUUCCUCCCAGAGACCGAGGACAACUCUCCAAACCCAAUCGUGCUCAUCUCCGCUGGAGUCGGUUUGACUCCGCUGACCUCGAUUCUCAACACAUUGACCUCGACCUCAACAACCCGCAAAAUGCAUUUCAUCCACGGCGCCCGUACAUCAUCCGCGCGAGCAUUCAAAGACUACAUCUCCACACUAUCGUCCCAAUAUCCCAACCUUCAAAAAACGUUCUUCACAAGCCAACCAUCCUCGUCCGAGAAGGAAGGUGAAGACUACACUUUUGACGGACGCGUCGACCUGAAUAAGCUGGACUCGAAGGACCUAUUCCUCGACAACCCAGGGACCGAGUACUACAUUUGCGGACCGGAGAAGUUCAUGACAGACAUGGAAUCAAGUCUACAGGCGCAGGGCGUUCCCGCUGGCCGGAUCAAGAUGGAGCUGUUCGGGACUGGUGGUGUUGUUGCAAAGUAG